CGAUCAAAUUCCAUCAAGAAGAAAACCCUAAUUUCACUGAUUUUCUUUCGACCUGGUGAAAUGUACGGAUCGAACAAAGUCUCCGACGAUGCAGAGCAAACCGAGUUCAAGAAAGCAGAGAAGAAGUACAAGCUCUACUACGACCAGGAUGCCAAAUCAUCCAAAAAGAAAAAGCAGCCUAAACCAGUGGAUUUAUCGGAGGUCUUAGAUUUCAAGGCCAUUUUGGAUUCGUACAAUGAGAAUGGUGAACUUCCUGCAGGAGUUGUUGCUCUUAGUUGCAACUUUGAUCGCCCCGUUUUCUGCUUGGAAAAUCGCCCUGGUUUUUAUUUUCUUCCCGGAGUAUUAAGUGUUGAGGAACAAUGCAAAUGGAUAAGGGAGAGCUUAUCGAGCUUCCCACAGCCUCCUAACAGAACAAAUCACAAUGCAAUUUAUGGGCCUAUACACGACUUAUUCACUGCAGCAAAAGAGAGUAAAAUAUUGAUUGAGGAUGUCAAUGCAGUGACCUGUUUUGACUCUGGAUCUGAUACUUGCACCAACAAUGGAGAUGCUUCCAAAUUUAAGUUUUACGAGGAACAUGUUGUGCAAUCGAAGGGAAAGACAUGUAAGUCAGUUUCGGCUUCAGUCAUUCUUCGAAAGUUGCGGUGGAGUACCCUUGGCUUGCAAUUUGACUGGUCAAAGCGCAACUACAAUGUAUCUCUUCCACAUAACAAGAUUCCUGAUGCACUCUGUCAAUUGGCUAAAAGAAUGGCUAUUCCUGCAAUGCCUAUGGGAGAAGAAUUCCAUCCAGAAGCUGCAAUAGUGAACUAUUUCGGUCUAGGUGAUACACUUGGGGGCCACCUUGAUGACAUGGAAGUGGAUUGGAGUAAACCUAUAGUAAGCUUGAGUUUGGGAUGCAAGGCCAUUUUCCUUUUGGGCGGAAAGUGUAGAGAUGAUACGCCGUUACCAAUGUUCCUUCGAAGUGGCGAUGUUGUUCUCAUGGCUGGAGAAGCAAGGGAAUGUUUCCAUGGUGUGCCUCGGAUCUUCACAGAUAAAGAAAAUGCUGAAAUCGCGCCUCUUGAAGAGGAGUUUUCACAUGAAGACGACUUUCUCCUUUUAGAAUACAUCAGAACUUCAAGAGUCAACAUCAAUAUUAGACAAGUUUUUUGAACCCUUUUCCACCCUAUUUCAUUCAAAGCUUGAAAAUUGAUUGAAGAACUCAUAGUGGAGAUUUAGAGUAGGAAGGGAUUGAUGGCAAACCAUUUUUUAAGACGGUUUAUGCAUAUACUUGGGAGACAAAUGAAAGGCACUUUUGAAAAGCAAUUUGAAAGGCGCCAAUAGAGCUGCUGCUUGAAGAGAAUUAUUGGUGGCAAUCCGUCCAGGGGAAUCAGUCACCAAGAAUGGGGAGGGUGAAAUAAGACAUCUGUAGCUGAUCGGGAUUGAGACAUGAUAAUGUUUACAGAGUUGAGACGAGGAGUGAUCAUCUUCUCAUUGUUCAGUAGUGUUGUUGAUCUUCAAUUUUCUCACUUUCAGCUAUUGUCAAAGUUGUAUUGGAACUAUCCAUCAAUAUUUUUUACUCUAUUUUUUGCAUUGUUCGAAAGGGCU